GAGCAGAGGAGACAGUUAACUGUAUUCCAAAAGUCUGAACCAAAAGAGUUCAGUUUAAUUUUUAAUACACAUGUUAUAUGCGUAGCCACGGCGCAAAGAAUGUUUCACUUCUUCAGAACCAGAAGCAAAGAGACUUGUCAAAAGUGUUGUGUCAUAACGAGGAGCGGAAAAGUCAGACGAUGUCACGAUGCUGAGAAGUGAGAACUUCACAUCUCAUCUACGUUAAAAAUGUGUGGUCCUGACAGCGCCCCUGAGAAAUAUCUGACCACGAGUGGACCCCCAAGUGCUCACUAUAUAUGCUAGGUUGCUUCUUGCUUGGAAGGAGGAGGCAGCAAGCGACCGACCUGCUAAGCUUCAGCCUUCAGGAGAGAGUCGCAAGAAAGCGCCAUGGUGGUGUUGCCGCAUGUUUUUUAAUUAUGUAUAGUGCUCAGAUGGGAUCUCCAAUGGGACCCCAGUUCACUCGUCCGUCACAAUCUGGACAGACCUCAAACACUAACGAAACACAGGGUUCUGAGACCACCAUGGGGAUAUCCUACACAUCCAAUGGGGCCUUGGGGAUGCCCCCCAUGGCCAACACAACCACUUCCGUCACCAGUGGAUUCCGGCUCUCAUCAAGUGACUCCUCCCCCUCAUGUUGACUUUGCGGACAGAUGUCUCAAUUCUAGUGGUGGAGCUACGAACAACAAUCCGUGUUUGAACUUGUGAACUAUGGAUGUGAACCUAUGUGAAUUUGUGAACUUAUGUAUUUGGACUUAUGUGAAUUUGUGAACUUAUAUAUUUGGACUUAUUUGAAUUUGUGAUAUGAACAUAUAUCAAUGUGUUUGAAAUCUGUAUUGUAUGUGAUAUAUUGUGUUGCAUGUGAUAUUAUGUGUGUCUAAU